AUGAAGAAUAUUCUUAAGAAGUUUCAGAUAAUGUCUAAGAAAUCAGAAAAUGAACAAGGGUUUUCUUCAUUAGAGGGAAACAAGUCCAAUCAUGGUUCAGUUUCAUCUUCUAAGAAGCUUAAUAGGAAGAGUCAUAGUUCUACAUCUUUGAAUCAAGGAAAAUUUGAGAGGAUGGAACCAUCUGACACUGGGAGAAGUGUUGAUUUGAGUGUUGUUUCGGAUUCGGGUAGGCGCGAUUUGGGUUGUCGAGAAAAGGUUUCCAGGGAUCCUGAAGUAGAGGAAGAGUAUCAAUUGAAACUGGCUUUAGAGAUGAGUGCUAAGGAGGAUCCUGAGGCUGUGCAGAUUGAAGCUGUUAAGCAGAUUAGUUUGGGGUCUUGUGAUCUGGAUAAUUCACCGGCAGAAAUUGUGGCAUACAGAUACUGGAAUUACAAUGCUCUUGGUUACGACGACAAAGUCAUGGAUGGAUUCUAUGAUCUGUAUGGGAUCUUAACCGAGUCAAAUGCAGCAAGAAUGCCUUCCCUUACGGAUCUUCAAGGAAGACCAAUCUCAGAAAGCACUUGA